UUUUUGUUUUUAAGCUGUUCCUGCUAAUUGCUUUUUAAGCCAGGCUCAAGUGUGGGUCCACAGGGAAUACUUCAGGUGCCCUUCAAAUCAGAUACUACAUUUCAGCUCUCAGGGCUAGAAUGCUUCCCGCUCUUACUUGGGCAGGUCUUUGAAUAAGCCAGUUUAGCCUUGGUAGUUUUGAAUUUGGCCAUAGUAUACGGAGGAGAGCUAGGUAGCUUUCAAAACGCUCAGACAGAUGUGUGGGAAAAUGCAGCCCGGUCUGAACCUCCGCAGAAGCCCCGCACCUGGUGCAGCAAGUGGGCAAAGGAGUGUGUGUUCAGGGCAGGGUACUCAGUCCCAUCUGUAAUCAAGAGAUCUGGAGGGCCCGAGGAAGUCAGUGACACCCCCACAAGCCACACACCCUCCAAUGGAUUGUGGUGGUCAUCUCUGGCUACCGAAGCCACCUUGCUUAUUCCCAUAACCUUACAAUCAUUAUGCUGCUUCACGCGAGUUGUGGGUGAAGUGAAAGAGUUGGAAAGUCCCGGUCUAAGGCUCUGCAAAACUGCUCUCUGGUAAAAACAAGGGACUAUGGCAAGGCCUUGAAUGUACUACGUACAGACUUAAGUCAGUAUUUGUGCCUAACAGCAAAGCAAGCCAUGAGAGGCUCCUCAAAAGUCAGGUAAUUGAUGCCAUUGUUUUCUCGACUUGGUUGAAGAGUCAGAGAAGAGAAGGUGAUGCAGAAGCUUCUUUCCAGUUAAGUGACAGAUGCAAGCAAGGAACACCUGCCAGAGCGGUAGGGGAGGGGGUGGAUUCGGCAGCACUCGGGGAGUGGCAGGGACCACAUAUUGUCGGUGUUUAACCACUGUUAUCACUGGCCCAGGUCGAGUGAGGACAAGUCAUUUCCCCACUAAGCUCUUGGGGAGUGGCAGGGACCACAUAUUGUCAGUGUUAACCACUGUUAUCACUGGCCCAGGUCGGGUGAGGACAAGCCAUUUCCCCACUGUUGUCUCUUCUUCCUUACUGCACCCCCAGCUCCGCACCCUCAGCCCCAAAUACACAUUCUCAUUCACUCAACGUUUGUUGACAACUAGCGUGGGCCCUGUGUGAUGGGGUAAAAGUCUGGUGUUGAGAGGAGCUCCAGUGACAGAUUUUCGGUUUUGGUUUGGUUUUGGUGGUGGCUGCUGAGCAGGGACAGGUCAGUUCAUAAAAGAGGCCCCAGGUCUGGAUCAAAUUCUCCUGGGAGCCAGACCAAAGAGCCUUCCUGGACUGAAAAGUGCGGCAGCCGCCGCGGGCAGGGUGCGGGGAGGCGUCACGCGCCAGAAUCUGCGCUUGCUGCCAAGCUCUGGGCCUGCCUCGCCGCGGUGGGGCGUCCCGCGUCCUGGGCUGGCGGCUCCGCGCAUGCUCCUCUCUCAGGCGUCGCAGGCCUCCAGAGGAUCCGGAAGCACUAGGUGCAGCCUGAUGGCGCCGGAGUUAGACACCGCACAGGGCGCCAAGAUGCGGCGGGGCGCGGGCGCGGCUCGGGGACGCGCUUCCUGGUGCCGGGCCGUGGCGCUACUCUGGCUCGCGGCGGUUCCGGGCUGGCCCCGGGCCUCGGGCGUUCUCUCCCGGCGCCACUGGCCGGUGCCCUACAAACGCUUUGACUCCCGUCCAAAACCUGAUCCUUAUUGUCAAGCUAAAUAUACUUUCUGUCCAACUGGCUCACCUAUCCCAGUUAUGGAGGGUAAUGAUGACAUUGAAGUCUUUCGAUUACAAGCCCCAGUAUGGGAAUUUAAAUAUGGAGACCUCCUGGGACACUUGAAAAUUAUGCAUGAUGCCAUUGGAUUCAGGAGUACAUUAACUGGCAAGAACUACACAAUGGAAUGGUAUGAACUCUUCCAACUUGGCAACUGUACAUUUCCCCAUCUCCGACCUGAAAUGGAUGCCCCUUUCUGGUGUAAUCAAGGCGCUGCCUGCUUUUUUGAGGGAAUUGAUGAUGUUCACUGGAAGGAAAAUGGGACAUUAGUUAAAGUAGCGACUAUAUCAGGAAACAUGUUCAAUCAAAUGGCAAAGUGGGUGAAACAGGACAAUGAAACAGGAAUUUAUUACGAGACAUGGAAUGUAAAAGCCAGCCCAGAAAAAGGGGCAGAGACAUGGUUUGAUUCCUACGACUGUUCCCAGUUUGUGUUAAGGACCUUUAGCAAGUUGGCUGAAUUUGGAGCAGAGUUCAAGAACAUAGAAACGAACUAUACAAGAAUAUUUCUUUACAGUGGAGAACCUACUUAUCUGGGAAAUGAAACAUCUGUUUUUGGGCCAACAGGAAACAAGACUCUUGGUUUAGCCAUAAAAAGAUUUUAUUACCCCUUCAAACCAUAUUUGUCAACUAAAGAAUUUCUGUUGAAUCUCUUGCAAAUUUUUGAUGCAGUGAUUGUGCACAGAGAGUUCUAUUUGUUUUAUAAUUUUGAAUAUUGGUUUUUACCUAUGAAAUUCCCUUUUAUCAAAAUAACAUAUGAAGAAAUCCCUUUACCUAACAAAAACAAAACACUCUCUGGUUUAUAAAACACCUUAAUUCUACUGCUCUCUUUUCGCCAAUCACCAGCAUCUGUUUUUCAGGGGCUGAUUUUACUUUUGUGAAUUUCUUAGCUUUUCUUCCUUGGUGCAGGAAGUUAAAAUGCACAUCAGCAGAACUGCUGCAUAUUAACAUCUCAGGACUUUUCUCUUGGAAAGAAACUGAAAUUCAUACUAUAUUGGCCAAAGUGAGCAAGUUAAGUGAUCUUGGUUUCAAUUUCCAAGCCUUUGUUAAUACAGAGAAUUAUGGUUCAUAUCAGUUAUGUAGGACCUUUGGACCCAAGGUCCCACAGAUAGAUAUGAUGUGCCGAGAUUUUUAAAAUACCUUCAAAAAUAAAAAAAAUACCUUCAGUGACAUUUUCAUGAUGGGAGCUCUUUUUUCUGGUAUGGCAGUUACACUUUUUCACUCAAGUGCUUUAGUUUAGACUUGACUUUACAACUUUUCUAACUUUUGGAACCAAGUUUAGUAUAGUCUUAUUACAGUCCAUUCACAUAACUUUAGAGAUUCGUUUAGAAACCGUAACUGGAGUGGUUGUGCUUCUAGAUGUGGCAAAUCCAGUGUUAACACACAUUUCUGGCUGGCAUUUUGGAACUAGCUAGUAACUGGCUUGUGUUAUUUAAGCAACCUAACAUCACUAAAUCCUAGGAUUUGGGAUUGCUAUAAAGAUGGAAGUUGUAUAUGUUUGGCAGGUCACAGUGAAUGGCAGUGAUAAUAUCAAAGAACAAAUUGUCAUCCUUGAUCUUGCCUCAUGUAGUUUAUGUGCCAGACCUUCCCGGGUUUUGUAGUCACCUAGACUUUAAGCUGAUGGCAUAGUGCUUCCACAGUUCUUCCAGCCGGGGUGUGCAGGUAUAUGGCUGCAGACAUGUUUGCAUAAACAGGCAGCGUCUGACUUCUUCACUGUUUCCUGUAGUUCUCCCUCUUCCCACAAAGCUGUCAGCGCAGUGGAAGAGGUUGUACAUCUCUGAGAGAGGACAGGUUUCAGUCCGAGUUCAGCUGUGCUUUCGUUAGAGCCAGACAAGCUUUCAAGGUCCUUUAAGUAUUUGAUGAUCAACUGGCUAUUCAAGGAUAAAACACCAGUCAGUAAGAAGAUGGAGUGGAUGUCGGAGAAAACAAUUCACAUUUAAUAUGUAAAUGUACCAAUUAUGUGAUUCAGUUUCAGCUGAUAUUCAAGUGCUUCCUGAGAGGUUAGUACAUUAUUACUGAGCUCUCAUAGAAAGCUUAAUCAUAGAUGUAAUUAGCCUGAUCCAAAUGAGUAAAUUGGACCUUAGAAAGGCUAAGUGAUCUUUCUCUGGCUACCCAGCUAGUAGUAAUGAAGUCAGGUCUUGAACCCAGGUUCUGCUGACUGAAUUGGAUGCACUAUAGUACAGGCUUUUUAGCACCAAAGGGUGGCCCUCAGACCAGUGCCUGCCAACCAGAUGUUACUAGUCUGUGAGGAAAUAAGUACAGAUACUGACAGGAAGCUUUUAUAAACUUUUAAAGCAAUUUGUUGGAGUGUUUUUGUUUCUGUUGGGUCUAAUUAAAAAAAUUGGAGCUUGUA